CGCGCCAAGCGCUGCGGCCCCGCCCAUCGGCCACCAAACCACGCCCCCAAACAGCAAGCCACGCCCCUUAACCGCUUAACCACGCCCCUUCUCAUGCUGCGCCUGCGCGCACGCACCGCCCCUCCUCGCGAGACCGCGCUGCCCGGAAGCGGGGCUGCCUGCAGCUGCACGUGGGCCGGGCCGGUUCCGAUAUGGGCCGCGCGCGGCGGCGGCACAACUGGAAGGCGCGGGCGGGAUGCGGGGCCGAGCAGCUCCCUCCGGCUGGGGCCGAGCCGGCGGGGCUGCAGCUGGAGCUGGGAGAUGGGGCACCGCUGAAGGGGAUUGAUGGGAGCAAUGCCCUGGUCCUGCCAGCAAAGAAAGAGAAGAAGAAGAAAGCACCGAGCGCUGUGCAACAGCAGAAGAAACCUCUCAGCAGGAAACAGAAGAAAAACUUACAGAAAGUUUUAGAACAGAAGGAAAAGAAAAAACAGCGCGCUGAGCUGCUGAGCAAGCUGAGUGAGGUGCAGGCUUCCCAGGCAGAAAUGAAGCUUCUGUACACCACUUCCAAGCUUGGCAUUGGAGGGCGCAUGUAUCAGCCCAAAAGGGUAUUGCAGGAGCCAGGCGCUGCUGUACCUGAGAUGAUCAGGAGCAUCAGCGGUGCAAAUAAGAGAAGACACAGCUCAGAUUCAGAACCAGAGCCUGAGGGUGAAUCCAGUUGCUCUGAGGAGGAGAAGAAAGAAGAGAAACAAGAAAUUGAAAAGCCUUCAGCCAGUAAUGUGAGUUCUGCUGGGAAGCCAGAAGAAGGCACGAAGAAGCCCAUGGUGAGCCAGCAGGCUGCUCCUACUGUGUCCAGCAAACCGUCAUGCAAGCCUGCAGUUUUUGUUCCAGUGGACAGAUCUCCUGAGAUUCAGGAGGCAAGACUAAAGCUGCCCAUUCUGGCUGAAGAGCAAGUCAUCAUGGAAGCCAUUAAUGAGAACCCCAUUGUCGUCAUAUGCGGAGAGACGGGCAGUGGUAAAACCACCCAGGUCCCCCAGUUUCUCUAUGAAGCUGGUUAUACCAGUUCAAAUGGCAUCAUUGGGAUCACGGAGCCCCGGCGUGUGGCUGCAGUGUCCAUGUCUCAGCGCGUCGCUAAGGAGAUGAAUUUGUCACAUAGAGUGGUUUCGUAUCAAAUACGAUAUGAAGGAAAUGUCACAGAUGAGACACAAAUCAAGUUCAUGACAGACGGUGUGCUGCUGAAAGAAGUGCAGAAGGAUUUUCUGCUUUUAAAGUACAAAGUGGUCAUUAUUGAUGAAGCCCACGAGAGAAGCAUGUACACGGAUAUCCUGAUAGGGCUCUUGUCUCGCAUCGUGCCUCUUCGGGAGAAGAAAGGGCUGCCCCUGAAGCUGAUCAUCAUGUCAGCCACCCUGCGUGUGGAAGAUUUCACUGAGAACACCAGGCUGUUUGCUGUCACACCUCCUGUUCUACAGGUGGAUGCGAGGCAAUUCCCUGUCACUGUUCAUUUUAACAAGAAAACCCCCCUGGAUGACUACAGUGGGGAAUGCUUCCGAAAGGUGUGUAAAAUCCAUCGGAUGUUACCCUCAGGUGGGAUUUUGGUGUUCUUGACAGGCCAGGCAGAAGUUCACUCUCUCUGUAGGAGGCUGAGGAAAGCCUUUCCCUUCCAAAAAAACAGCACUGCAGGAGAUGACGACGACAGAAAAGAAUCAGUGGAAGAAAUGCGAAAAUUUAAGAAAUCAAGAAGGCGGAAGAAAGCUGCGACACUUCCCCAAAUCAAUCUGGACAAUUAUGCUGUUGUACCAGUGGAUGAAGGAGAUGAAGAUCGAGAUGCUGAAACUGAUGAUGAUAUUGCAGGAUCUGAUGUUGACCUCGACUUAGGAGAUGGAGACUCAGAAGAAGAAGAGAAAUCAGAUUCAUCCCUUCCACUUUAUGUGCUCCCUCUCUAUUCUUUACUAGCACCGGAGAAACAAGCAAAGGUGUUCAGGCCUCCUCCUCCUGGCACGAGACUCUGCGUUGUAGCCACCAACGUGGCAGAGACAUCGCUCACCAUCCCAGGCAUCAAAUACGUGGUUGACUGUGGAAAGGUGAAGAAGCGUUUCUAUGACAAAAUCACCGGGGUUUCAUCUUUCAGAGUCACCUGGAUAUCUCAAGCAUCAGCUAACCAGCGGGCAGGUCGUGCGGGCCGGACUGAACCAGGGCACUGCUACAGGUUGUAUUCUUCAGCUGUCUUCAUGGACUUUGAGAAAUUUUCUGCGCCAGAAAUAACAAAGCGACCAGUGGAAGACUUGAUCCUGCAAAUGAAGGCACUAAAUAUAGAAAAGGUAAUUAACUUCCCAUUCCCAACACCACCUCCAGCAGAAGCACUUGCAGCAGCUGAGGAGUUACUGAUAGCCCUGGGUGCCCUGAAGGAGCCCCCUAUGACAGGAAGGCUGAAGGAGCAGCAGGCAGCAAAGCUGAGCUGCCCUAUUAGUCCCCUGGGCAGAGUAAUGGCCACUUUUCCUGUUGCCCCCCGCUAUGCAAAGAUGCUGGCACUAAGCAGGCAGCAUGACUGCCUGCCUUACACCAUUACCAUUGUGUCUGCCAUGACUGUUCGGGAGCUUUUUGAAGAGUUUGACAGGCCAGCAGCAAGUGAGGAAGAGACAGUGAAGCUGAAGGGGAAGAAAGGAAGGCUUGUACAGAUGCAGAAGAUCUGGGCUGGGCAAGGGUCAUUGCAGAAGCUUGGAGACCUCAUGGUGAUGUUAGGAGCAGUGGGGGCCUGUGAGUACUCUGGGUGUACUCCUAAAUUCUGUGAAGAGAACGGGCUCCGCUACAAAGCCAUGCUGGAAAUCAGGCGAUUGAGAGGGCAGCUGACAACAGCAGUGAACUCAGUCUGCACUGAUGCUGGCCUCUACGUUGACCCAAAGAUGAAGCCCCCAACAGAAGCACAAGCGACUUACUUGCGACAGAUUGUAUUGGCAGGGCUGGGGGACCACCUUGCUCGGAGGGUUCAGGCUGAAGAACUCCUGGAUGAUAAGUGGAAGAAUGCCUACAAGACCGCUCUUCUGGACGACCCGGUGUUCAUCCAUCCAAGUUCAGUCCUUUUCAAGCAGCUCCCAGAGUUUGUGGUGUAUCAAGAAAUUGUUGAGACUACAAAACUGUACAUGAAAGGUGUGUCUGCAGUUGAACCUGAGUGGAUUCCUGUUUUGUUGCCACCGUACUGCCACUUUGGGAAACCUCUGGAAAAUCCUCCUCCAUCGUACUGCCCUGAAACAGGCAGAAUUCGAUGUCACAGGCCAAGUGUCUUUUAUCGAGUUAGCUGGCAGCUCCCUGCUGUCGAAGUUGACUAUCCAGAAGGUAUCGAUCGCUAUAAAUACUUUGCCAGGUUCCUGCUUGAAGGAAAGGUCAUUGAGAAAUUGGGUUCUUACAGGCAGUGUCUGCUCUCCAGUCCUGUCAUAAUGCUGAAAACGUGGUCCAAGCUUCAGCCCAGGACAGAAUCCCUCCUGCAGGCUCUGGUUGCUGAAAAUUGUGAUAAUCGUGAUGCUUUGCUGGCUGCAUGGAAGAAAAACCCCAAGUAUCUGCUCGCAGCCUAUUGCCAGUGGAUCCCUGAGGUUAUGCACGAGGACAUAGCCAAGCAGUGGCCGCCAGUAGCACUGUGACACCCAGCUCUGUUCUUGGGGCACUCCUUUUCUCCGAAGUGUUUCUGGAGCAUCGGCUUCCGUGAAGAUCUGCUGAUCAGAGGGACUGCCUAGCUGCUAGCAGUACCUUUCUGUGACUCUUAGCUGGCUCUUAGCUCUGGUUUUCAGCCUGCUGUGCUCUCAGAAGCCCCACCAGCUGUUUGGCGGGUGCUUUAUAAUGUUAAUAUUUGGAUAAUUUUAUCCACUGUAUUUUAGCAGUUCUGUUUUGCUGAAGUUUCUCUUUAGACUAUAUUAGUCAUAGGGACUACAAUAAACAUAUGUAAUUCUUGGUUUGGAUGGGAGAAAUGUUUUCUACAGAGUGUUGCAAGAAGCAGUGUUAGACUUUAUUCAUAGGCCCUUCCUCACACAGACCUGCAGCUCAAGGACUGAGCCUUCCCCCCCUGCUGGGCUGGCUGUGGCCUCAUAGAGCUGCCCAUUCGCUGCCUUUCACCCUGUAGAACUGUGUGGGGAAGGACUGAAGUAAGAAAACCUGUGGGUUAUGUGAGUUACAGCACACUAAGAACUAGAGUUUUUUUGUUUGUUUCAUAAGCUUCGGUGUUGUAGAGCCGUGGUGCUCAGCACUAACUCCAGCAGCAGGGGUUGCAACUGCACUUUGCAGCCUGUUUGGGAGGGGUGAAAAAAACUUAAGUGUGGUGCUGAUUUACAAAUGGCAAAGGUGAGAUACGGGUAUUUAGGGAAUCUUGCAGGGGAAAGCAAGGUAGCUGGCUUUGCAGAGUGCUUCUGUGUUCUGCCUGUGAACCGAGGAAGGGGGUAGAAGGUAUAAAAGCGGAGAAGAAAAAUGAAAGUAAGACGGGAGAAAAAAAAAACUUGUGGAGAUGCCGGGGAUUGAACCCGGGGCCUCAUACAUGCAAAGCAUGCGCUCUACCACUGAGCUACAUCCCCUUGCCGUGCACAGAGCUCCCGCACAACUCACACAUCCAACACGCGGCCGUCGCGCGCCACCAGCCGGGCCAUGGCCGUGUAGCAGGAGCGGAGCGCAGAUACUCCCUAUGCCUGUCCUCGUUAGUAUAGUGGUGAGUAUCCCCGCCUGUCACGCGGGAGACCGGGGUUCGAUUCCCCGACGGGGAGAGAUUGUAUAGUUUUGAUCGUUGGCGCAAUUUUUUUCUCCUGGAGGCCCCGGCACUGUGACUGCACUUAAAGCGUGGCGGGGGGCAGUUGCCGCGGGGUGCCGGGAGUCUAUCCGUUUCCUGGGCUUUAGAGCAGAGCGAUGGGAGGAAUGGGUGGAGAUUCCAGGCGACAGCCGACCCCUGAGCCGCGCACUGUCCCGAGCGGCCGUCCCCACGUGCUCGCGCUGCGCCAAGCGCAGGGAAAGCGGGGCUGGGCGGGGUCGUAUCCGCAGCCCGGGAGGGGUCGUCUCGCCGCCGAAAUAGCUCAGUUGGGAGAGCGUUAGACUGAAGAUCUAAAGGUCCCUGGUUCGAUCCCGGGUUUCGGCAGAGCUUUUUUUCCUUCGUUUUUUUUUCCCUAAUUCUCCCCCCAGCUGUCGCUUUGCAGCCGAGCAGCUCGCAGUUUCACCCAGCCCAAAGGGUCGCGGCGCGGGGCGCUCCCGGCGGCAGCAACACGCAGCGCCCACGUGGGCUGAGCUCUGGGCGAGCCGUGGGAGCACACCGCGCACCGUCCUCGUUAGUAUAGUG